ACCAUUUGAAAAUUUGAACAGGAAAAAUCUUCGGGCGCGAACUCACUCAAAGAGGGAAUUAGGGUUUUUUGGGACCAAAUCCGUGCCCACACAUUGCUCAAUCUGCGAUUGAGAUUCAUCCGGAGAAAGUUAGAUGUGUUUGCUCUGAUUGACUGAGUUCACUCUUCGCGGUUCCGAAAUGAACGGAGCUUGUUUAAAGUUCGAAAACCCAAUUCGGGAUGCCAUUUCGAGAAUCCGAUUUGCUCCGCACUGCAACAACCUCCUCAUUUCUUCCUGGGACUCUAGUCUUCGAUUAUAUGACGUGGAUAGUUCUGUGAUCAGAUUAGAAGUUCCCGUGGAGGCUGCACUUCUUGAUUGCUGUUUCCAGCACGAGUCCGUUGCUUUUACUGCUGGUUCUGAUCGUUCUGUUACAAGGUAUGAUUUGCUUUUAGGAAUCCAUGAUACGAUUGGGGAUCAUGAUGAUUUAGCGACCUGUAUAGAGUAUUCUGAUGAAACACAUCAAGUGAUUUCUGCUGGUUGGGACAGGAAGAUAAUGUCUUGGGACAUACGCUGUGCAAAGGCACUCACAUACACAAAAGUUCUGACUGCUGCGGUGGAUUCCAUGUCACUCUGUGGGUUUAAUUUGAUGUUUGCCACCGGAGAAUCCAUAAAUAUGUAUGACUUGCGUAAUUUGGAGAGAUCACUCCAAGUAAAAGAAUCAUAUACGAACCUUCGAAUAAGAUGUAUACGCUCAAUUCCUAAUAAUUGUGAAGGAUUCGCUGCUGGAACAGUUGAUGGACGGGUAGCAUUGGAGAUUCCCCAUCCAUCUAAUUCAAAUGACUUGGGGUAUACUUUUCGGUGUCAUCCGAAGUCAAAAAAUGGAAGAGAUCAUCUUGUAGCAGUGAAUGACAUUGUAUUUAAUCCACUCACCAGUAGUAUUUUGGUCACCAGCGAUAAUGAAGGAUACAUUUGUGCAUGGGAUUCUCAAAGUAGGAGAAGAAUAUUUGAGUUGGCAAGGUGCCCCAGUAGUGUAGCUUCCUUAUCGUACAACAAUGGAGGACAACUUCUGGCUAUUGCGGCAAGCUACAGUUACCAAGAAGCAAAUGAAACAGAACAGCUUCCUCAAAUAUUCAUACAUGAAACGGGUGGCGACCACCAUGUCUCAGGUUCUUGUGGGAAGUUCAAGUAGAAAUUGACCAUGCGCAAUAUGGCUGACAAAGAAGAUAGAAUUAACCUGUGUGAAGCUGUAGCAAUCAUAUGUUGGGUGCUGAAUGUUUUUUGUUCGGGCAGUCAUCUUCAACUGCUGCCAACUUUCAUUACAAAGUAUGGAGCUUAUUUUGUUGAUGGCUACCUAUGGUGGAACUGGUCCAUAGAAGGUCAAGAUAACCCAGUGAAGCCAAUAGCUGUUUGGCUAUGGCAGCUAUGGCAUUUUUGGUUCCCACCCAUUGUACAGUGUAUUCGUUUGAGUUAAUAGUCUAUGUACAAUGAUUGUAGUUGUAGCCGAUACUGAUUGUUUUUAUUUAUUCAGCUAGCUGAGGCUGUAAGCGUUGAUUAUGAGGCAGAAUGCUUGGCUCAGGCACGGUUUUUUUUCUAUUUUAUUGCUUUCUGUAGUAGGAGAAAUUAUUAGGUAAAUUGAUUCCG